AUGCAUGCACAUUUUCUUGUCGAAUUUAUCGCUACUAGUUUACACAGAAAUCAAAUUGUGUUUGUCUGUGAGUUGGAAAUAUCAUUUAAUUGGCAGAUUGUUCCUAUUGAGAUGGUAUUCAAUUCUUGUGAAUUCAGCAGAUCUAUUCUUCUCUGCAUCAUAAUUAUUUAUGUUAAUUAUACUAUACAUAAAGUAAAUGCUGAAAGCAUACAACAGUCAUCAGUAUCUUCAUUACAAAAUAAUAAAUUCAAAUAUUAUUCAAGUAAUAAUAAUAAUAUUGAUCAUGAUAAUGUUGAUAUGAUGAAUGAAAAAGUUAAUACACCUCCAUUCAUGCUAAAUACGGAUAGUUUAAAAUCAUGUGAAUGUUGGAAAUGGCCAGGAUGUGUUACUAAUUGUACCUCUGAUCCAUUAUUGAAAUCAGCUAUACAAACAGAUUAUGGUUAUCUAUCCAGGGUGUCGUCACCAUUCACUAUAUUAUUUCCCUAUCAAGCAAGAAAAUCACGUAAUAAUUAUGAUACAUCAACAUUAGGGAAACAGGGUGGUUAUUUUCAAAAUACACGAUUUUGGCUUCCUACUCAUAAUGGACAGUAUAUACUACUGAAAUUACAAAGAUCUCGAAUAUUUAGUCAUCCCGGUAAUUAUUCCACUCUAUAUUAUCAAAAGAAAAAUGAUGGACAAAUGUAUGAGUUCGAAUCCGAUAAAUUGAAGAAUUGUUUUUAUACUGGAACAGUCAAUCAAACAGAUGAGCGAUUCAUCUCAAAUACUCCAUCUUCAACAACAUCAUCAUCGUCGUCAUAUGUUGCAGUAGAUACAUGCUUUGGUUUACAUGGUAUUAUUCAUUAUUCGAAUCAAACUUAUGGUAUACGACCAUUACAUUGUUCUCAGUGUGAUCCUAGUACAAUGCCUCAUAUACUUUUUCCACAUCGAUCAAGUUUAAUUAACCGAGAUGUUCAAUUACCUGUGUUUUGGAGGCCUACGGAUGUUUUCAGUAUCAUGAGUAGAAAACCUAAGUUGAAGGUAAUCGGUGAUGGUCCUCGAGUGUAUACAAUAAAUCUGGCCUUAAUUCUUGAUCAUCAUUUGUUUACAACAUUUGGACAUAAUCUUGAACGUGGAAUUCAUUACUUGAGCAGUGUAUUUAAUCAAGUCACUAAGUCAUUUCAAAGUGUUCCAAUCGAAUUGAAUUUAAUUCAAUCAGAGAUAUGGUCAAUAAAAGAUUUAAUUCCUAUGGAUCAGAGUAUUAAAACUGUAUUGAAUAAUUUCGCCCAAUUAAUAUAUCAUCGGAGAAAACAAGCGAAUUCUUCAGUGAAUGUAAAACAUCCAUUUAAACCUCUACUGUCUACAUCAACGCGGAAUAAUACAUUCGGGCGUCAUCGUAUUCAUCGAAGAUCAGUCGAUGCUAAUCAUUUCAUCCGUACACCAACAUCAUCAUCGUCGGCGACAGCAACGCCAACAACAACCUCUUCAUCAAAUAAUCCAACAUUAUCUACAAAACAUUUUGAUAUUCAGCUCCUACUAAGCGGGAGGCAAUUCAAUGAUCCUGUUGAAUAUAUAGCUAUUCCAGAUGCUAUUUGUACGCCCAGAGCUUUAGGUGUUAUACAAGUGAACAGUACAGUCGACAUGGAUUAUCAUAUAUCCCGGUUGAUAUCAUUAGCUAUUGCAGAAAUACUUGGCGUCAAAUCAUUUCCAUGUCCUCCUUUAUACAGUUGUAAUUCAUCUGAACUAUUUUCUGAUGGAGAUAAUUCCCGGCUUCAAUUGGCCCUGUCCUCUGGUAUGGCUGAUUGUUUACUCGAAAAUGUUGUAUCAAAGGAUUCUAAAUCUUUCACUGAUACUUGUGGUAAUGGUCAUAUUGAUCGUGGUGAAGAAUGUGAUCCUGGUCUUGUUCGUCCAGUGUCGUCGACGACAACAAACUCUACAAAUAAUCCAAUGUCAUGUUGUAAUCUUGAUACAUGUUUAGCUGCUGUAUGGGCUGUUUGUACACAUGGCCCGUGUUGUCAUCAAUGUCGACUAAAGCCAAAAGGUAGUGUAUGCCGUCCAGCGUUUGAUCAAUGCGAUCUCCCGGAAUUCUGUACCGGUACACAACCAUCAUGUCCAAUAGAUUUAUACUUGGAAAAUGGUUCUCCGUGUUUAACACGUUCAGUACAAUCACUGCUAGGUGUUGCUCCGGUUUUAUCUUCCUCGACGUCGACGUCGAGUUCUUCGUCUUCGUCCUCCUCCUCGUCAUCAUCUUCAGAUGCGGCCAAUCCACAGAAUUCAUCGAUAGUAAAUCAACAUAUCAUUGAAAAUCAUAAAUCACUAUGCUAUCAAGGUAGAUGUCCAACACGGCAUAGUCAAUGUCAAAUGAUUUGGGGACAGACGGCUACAGAGGCAGCUGAUUAUUGUUUCCAUUUGCAUAAUACUAAAACAGAUGGAGCUUGUGGUGUACGAGGGAAAAAUUGUGCUCCAGAACAUGCAAAAUGUGGACUUUUACAAUGUCAAGGUGGUAAACCAAGACCAACUUCCUUAGAAGCACAAUCUGGUCAACCAUUUGUCACAUAUACAGAGCAUAAUGGACGUCAAUUUGAAUGCAAAUAUCUGGCACAUUCAUCUAAAGUUCGAUUUGUACCUGAAGGUGCUGCAUGUGCUCCUGAUAGAUAUUGUUUUCAUCAAGAAUGUGUACUACCACAUGUUGCUUUUCGAUCGAAUUGUCCUGCUGGGCCAAUUAAUCAACAAUUAAAUGAUGGACGUAUUAUUUAUCAGAAUGUAACAUGUUCUAAUCAUGGAUUGUGUACAAGUGCUGGUUUCUGUUUAUGUCAUCCUCAAUGGAAUGGUAAUGCUUGUGAAACAGAAGUUGUCAAUUCGAGUCAAUCGACGCCUAUUCACACAAAUAAUAAAGAAAAGAAUACUACAUCUUCUUCCAGUAGCCAAUCAUCAAUCCCUUCUAUGAUGACAAGGAAUAAUCCAUUGAAUCCAGAAGUUAUUCAGUGGAUUUGGAAUUAUUUAGAACAAAUGCAACAACCGUAUACAAAUCCUCGAGAUUAUCAAAUGAAAAGACAGAAUGUUGAAAAUGGAAAUCAUAAAACACCGUUGAACACAUUGUAUUUAGUUUGUAUCCUUGGUGUUGUUGUUGGCGGGAUAUUCUUAUUUUUAGCAAUAUUCAUGUUUAUUUACAGGCGUCGUGGACGUUCAAGCAUAUUUGGCAAAUCUUAUUACCAUCAUCAUAGCAAUAAUACUACACAUAAAAAUUUUUGUACAUUUCAUCGUGGUAAACGAAGAACUACUGGCCUCUUGUCACCAAGAAUUGCUAAACACAAUGGAUCAAUCCGUCUAUUCAACAGUAAUAGUAAUAGUAAUAAUUCUACAGAAUGUCAAGAAUUAAGCAAUUCAUUAUAUGAUAAAUCUACUGGAGGUGCAGGGAGCUGUAGCAGUCGUGAUAAAGGCUCUGAACACCACCACCAACAACAGCAACAGCAUCGUCAGCAUGGACGUCGUCGUCCUCGCCCACAUCAUCAAGAUCGUCAUCAUCCAGAUGACGAAUGUUCACGACGACGUCGAGGUCGAAAUAACGGCGGUAGUGGCGGUGGUCGUAGUAGUCGAGAUGAUGACUGUCAUCACUUCUCAGAUUAUUCGAAUACAGAUGGAGGUGUUGGUGGCGGGGGGGAUAUUGCCAUCGGUGGUGGAAAACAUCGACGCAGUAGCAGUAGUGGUGGCGGGGCUGGCUGCGGUGGCAGACAUUAUCGUAAUGAUGGUCAUUCCAAGAAAUCAGAAUUUUCCUCCAGUAAAAAGAAAAUCAAUCGUAAUAAGCAUAAUAAGUCAUCAAGUCGAAGUAGUGCACCUGGAAGUGAUACACGACUGUUGGAACAAUCGCUUGAAGAUCAUCAAUAUGGAGUUAAUUUCUCUGAUACUGAAUUAACAUGUAAUAAUGGUACUACUACUAACAAUACUGAUGAGUUGAAUAAUAGUAUGGAUAGAAUUAUUAAAUUUGGUAGUAUGCCUUCGUAUAAAGAGGACAAAAUAAAGCAGAUGAAACGAUCGGCUGAAACACCUCCUCAGACGAUAGACUUUCGAUCUACUCCUGUGAAUACUACUAGUGAAAAGACUUCAUAUCCAUCAGAUUCUACUGCACUGAUUGUAACUCUACCGGUGGAAUCAAAUUUCAUCAAUACAACUAACAGUACUCUAUCCAAAUUAGAUAUUAUACCAAUCGAUGCGAAUAAUGCAACAACAUUUACAUCACCUAACAUCGAUCCAACGAAACGUUCUACUCAUCAUCAAAAAUCUUCAUUAUUAUAUGAACCAGUCAAUACGUCCACUGUACCACCUUUAUUUCCAUUCUCACCGACAAAUUACUCCGAUCCACUGCCUUUAUUGUCAUCACCUAUAGGAUUUAAACCAGAUGAGCUAUCAUUAUCCUUACAACAGCAACACCAACAACAGACUCCAUCGAGUCCAAAACAAACUUCAUUGUUGUGCAGUGUUACUACAGCUGCAUUGGUUGGUGCAGGAAGAGCUGGAGCAAAUGCUGCCGCUGCUCUAGCCGCCGCUUCUGAAGGUGUUGUUGACACAUUAAAGAAGGAGAUGUUAACUGCCGAUGGUGGUCAAGUGACUAAUUCAACAGAUACUUCUAAGGAGGUUAUGAAUGAUACACAAUUUAGUAUCAUUAUGGAGAAUUCAUGGCGUCAACCAGAAAAAGGCAUACUAAAGAAUAAAAAUGAAGGUGGAGGUUUAACUGCGCCUAAUUCAACUGUAGCUGCUGGUACUUCUACCGGUACGACUACUUCUUCUUGUAGAAGUCGAUCAACUGGAAGACAUCAUACAAGAAGAAAAGGAGGACGAACAUCAUCAAAUCAUAAUAAAAAGCAUCAUAGUCGCCAUCGUCACCCUCAUGAAGAUAAAUCGACUAGUCAGCAUAGAUCAAAACACCAUAAACAACUGCCAUGCACUCCUCGUGACGGCAACAAUGAUGAUGACGAUGGUGACAAUUUGAAUGGGAAUGAAUCCUUCUCUGAUUGUUCUUGUUAUCUUUAUAACGAUGAUAAUGAAAAUAAUGGAAGAAAGAGUAGAAACAUUUCUUCUUCUUCUUCGCAUAAUCGACGAUUAUCCCGACAAAAUAAUAAUAAUAAUAACAAUCGUUCAACUAGUAUGAAUGAUACAGAAGCAGGUGAUAGUAGAAGUCCAAGUGAUGGAAGUUCAUCGAUUUCAAGUCAUGGUUGUUUAGAUUUCUUGACAACAUCAUCAUCGUCGGACACGUCUUCCGCCUCGUCAUCAUCUUCGUCAUUCACAGAUUUAAAUGAUAUCGAUCAUCAUCAUCACAAAGAUUAUGAUAAUCAUAGUUUCAGUUCCUCGUCAACUUCAUCAACUACAAGUACUUGUUCAACUGCUUUGGAGGUCAAUGUCAAAGGUACUACUACUACUUUGAAAGAGAUAAAUUAUUCAGAUCAUGAUCGUGAUCGUUGUUCAAGACGAUUGUUAUUAUGUAAUGCUGAUGAAAUAACUGACAAGACCAAUACUGGUGGUGGUGGAGGUGGUGGCCGAUCUAUUCGACGAAUGAACAGUGCAGAUACGGCUGCAGAGUCGUCUAAUGUUGAACGAGAGCAUCAAAGGGGGGGAUCCUCUCGUCGCCACAGUCGUAAACAUCAUCAUCAUCGUCGACAUUGUCGAUAUCGUAAACAUCAUCAUACGCAUAGACGACAUGGUGAAUCUGAUCAAGAAACACAUGGAACAGUUAUUCGUCAUCCCGGUGAAUCAUCUAAUACAAACAAUAAUAAUAAUAAUAGUAAUAAUUGUAGUUCGGCUGUUUCGGAAGCUUCUUCUUCAUCCUCUGGACUGACAGUCUCACAUCAUCGUCGACGUUCAAGAACACGUAGUAUAACAGAUGAAGAUGAUUAUACAACAUCUGGUUCACGUAGAAGUAGUAGUAGUCCACUUCCACCAGCUCCGACAAUUCUGUGUAAUGUUGGCCAACAAACUGAUGAAUUUAGUCUGUUGAAAGCAACUGGUUUGACUAUCUCGUCUAAGACAAAUAUUAAAACUGAAUCAGCAAUUGGUGACAGUACUCAUAAUAGUCAUCGUAAAUCCUAUUUAGAUUCUGAAGGGGAAUGGGAAGAAAUUGAAUGCAAUGAAUCAGGUUGUGAAGAAUGUCAAACAACUAAAAACUCCAAUCAUCCUAAAGAUAAUAAUGCUGAUGAUGAUGAUGACGGUAAUAGUCAUAACAGGAGUACACAAUCGAAACAUUUUAUCCAAUCACUGUCAAUGACUACUACAUCACCGCAGUCUCUUCCACCCUAUCCAAAUCGAUUAUUAAAUCCUCAAUGUCAAGACUUGAAAUCAACGCCUUAUUAUUUCACAAAUCCACAAAAUCUAUCACAUCAACAACCACAACAACUGCAACAUCAACAACAAUCGAAUUCAACGAAUUCAUCGUUAAGUUCCUCGAAAACAUCCCGGUCUGGUGGUGGAGGCGGUGGGGGUGGAAGUGGUAGUUGUGGAUCAACGCUAACUACUGGUCCACCUACUAGUGCUAUUGGUACUCCUGUUAAUUCAUUAAAUAAUCCAGUCAAUCUUAUAGCUAUGCGUAAUAGUAAUAAUAAUAAUAAUAACCGGACAACAUCAUCUUCAUCGUGUUCCUCUUCACUCAAUAAUAAUAUGAAUAUUAUUCAACCACAAUCUCUAUCUAUGAGACAGCAACAACAGCAACAGCGUUAUGGUGCGGUAAACAAUUCAUCGAAAUUUAGCUCAGAAGAAUUUACUGGUCAACACAGUGAACCUGAAGCUGAUGCGCUUAUGUUGCAUACCUCCUCUGGCUUGAAUACAAAUGAACAACAAAGUUUAGUCAAUAAUAAUAAUAAUAAUAAUAAACUACUACAAACGUAUCCUACUACUAAUAACAAUAACAGUAGUAGUGGUAAUUAUCCAUCCAAUAUUGUACAACAUGCAUAUGGUCAAUCAUUAGAUUCCCACCAACAACAACCAAACCCCCCGAUUCGUAAUGAUAAACAACCCGCCAACUCUCUUCAACUGUUCACUUCACCACAAAUUUUGAAUCGUAAUAUCAAUAUACCCAAUUAUAGACCUGUAUAUGAGUCAAAUCAUCAAAUGGAGUAUAACAUGAUGACUAACACUCAAAAUCAUGGUCAUAAUAUACAAGAUAACUUUGAAUCGUAUUAUCAACAUCCUUAUGAAGAGGUGGCCACAGAUGAUUACUCAGAGAUGAAUAGUCAAAUGAAUCCUCUACAUCCUCACCAACACCAACAACAAGCUCAACAACAACAACAGCAGUUGUUACCUCAACACCAUCCACAAUAUCCAUCGCAUUUAUCCUCGUCAACAGAGCCAACACAACAGCAUAUAUAUCAUCAACACGGUACCCUGUUGGUGCCUACAUCAAUUGAUUCUUUAGCCGGUAAUGACAGUAGUAUAAAUGGUUGUUUUACUGGCGGUGGAUAUAUUCCACGAAGAGGCGGCUGUGCUGUUGGUGGUGGUGGUGAUGAUGAAGAAAAGUUGAGUUUAGAUGAAGGCAAUGGAAUAAUGAGUUUUACUCAUCCACAUACUACUAUCAAUCAAAAUAACAGUAGUAAUAAUAAUCCUAAUCAAAUUGGUGGAAAUCUAUUCACUCCGUAUACAAUGACUUUUAUGCCUAACCAAUCAACUUAUCUACAAUCGAAAGCAAGCAAUGCAGGGAAUCAUCAUCAUCAAUCAUCACAUUUUAAUCCAACCUAUCCAGUAUGGAGUGGAAAUACUGCCGCUCCUGCUAAUAAUAAUCAAGAGAAUUCUACAUCGUCGUUAUCAUCGUCAAUGCUUUAUCCGCCUCCUGCUGGCCCUCCUCUUCCAAGUGGACAUAUGAUCGGCGGUGGCGGAGGUUCCGGUGGGAGUACUCAUCCAUUAUUAGGUGAUCUAGAUGAUGUUGGAAGUGAUUUCAGUCUGUCUGCAUUUCGACGAGAUGAUAUUUGUCAUCCAUCAUCUUUGGCUAAUCGAACAAUGAGUAACACCAAUAACAUGAAUAACAAUAAUACUAAUAAGCCACAAUACUUAUCACAACCAGAAUCACAACAAUUGAAUACUCAUCUGCUAGGAUUAUCAUCAUCAAAGACAUUAGAUCAACAACAUCAUCAUCAUCAUAAUUCAAGUGAUAUUGGUAUCGAUGUACGUAGUAAUGAUGGGACAUGUGAUGAGUCAGAUGCAAGUUCAUUACCUGAACAAGGCUGUGAUUUAAUUCAUUUAGCACAAUUAGGUAUCUCAGGUAGACCAAAUCCAUUAUUGAAUGAUUUAGCUAGACAACAGGCAGGUCAAAAGAAACUGACUGGUGAACCGACAAUUCAAUCACCAUUAUUGAUUAACAAUAACAAUAAUAAUAAUAAUACUGCCAAUCUUGGUAAACCGUGA